UCUACACCAAUCAAAAUAAGGUAGAGGCGGGUCGCGUGGAAAUUAGUUUAUAUCAGCUGAUAUAGAUGAUGCGAGGAAAAAGGGGGCUGUUUACAUCUGAUGCUUACAUCUUUUGAAAAAAAAAAAAUACUGUUAUAUAGUUUAUAAUGGAAGCAGUAAAGGAGAGCUCCGCGUUCAAAUGUGUCGCUGAGAGACUAACACUCGGCAUCACGAGAAUACUUGAAAACAUGCCAGGUGUGAUCGAUGUCCGCGUCGCAGAGAGAGAGCCUGCAGACAAGAGGAGCCUGCUAUCAUGGGAACAGAAAAACACUUGCAUUUUACCAGAAGACCUGAGAGAUUUCUAUCAGACAACGGAUGGUUUUACUCUGACCUGGAACGUUAAACUUGAUAAUGAGUGCGUUCCCCUUGGAUGCAUGGUAGUGCACAGUGUGGCCAGGCUGUGUCCACUCCUGCAACCAGUAUCUCUUUUCUCUCUGCCUAACGCACCAUCUCUGGCUGACUUGGAGUGGGACGAAGACAGUGCACAAAGUGGCUCGGAGACAGCUCCUGCUGCUCCACAUUUUGAUUCCCGGAGCAGAAUCUUUGAACUGGAUUCUUGCAGUGGGAAUGGCAAGGUGUGCUUGGUCUACAAAAACUGCACCCCAGGUGUAGUGGCUCAGCAGAGUGAAAUCUGGUUCCUGGACCGAUCCCUGUGCUGGCAUUUUUUGACACAAACCUUCACCUCUUACUACCGACUGAUGAUAACACAUCUGGGUCUACCUGAGUGGCAGUAUAACUUCACCCCAUAUGGCCCCAGUCCCCAGGCCAAGCAGUGGGCGUCCCUAUAUCAGCCAUUGACCUUCAGGAGUGAAACAAGCCUGGCUGAUUCUGCAGGAGAACCCUAUUUUAAUAAACUGGACCCUACCAAGGCCUUUAAAGGCAAAACAAAGGCACCAGCUCCCAAAAAGAAGCAGUCCACACAGUGCAACUCAGGAAAUACUGCAAAGAGCCAGGGAUGUACGGUAAGACCGAUUGGGGCAAAGCGUUGA